UUUUCAUUGGUUUACCAAAAUUAGUUCACGCACAAUACGAACAAGCUGAAGUUAAUUUUUGAAACCGUUAGAAUUGACAACGUUUACGAAGAAUUAUGGCAGAACUGAGAAUCCAAUUCAGUUUGUCUAUGAUAAUAGCUGGUAUUUUGGCAGAAGUGGUCAGUACAUUCUGGUACAAUAACCACUCACCAUGGGGACGUAGGACUGGGGACCGCUACAUGCUAGCCGCCAUUGUGUGUGACGCCGGGCUAGUCAUUGCUGUCAAGUUUAUCAUGGACUCCUUUUGGUCUGUUGGUCGCUGGGAGGAUGCCUUUGUUUUAGCGCUAACGCUAGCUGCCAUCUACGGAUGCCUUGAAGGUCCUCAUGUGGUUCAUAACUCUCGGAGCUUCUCGUGGUUUUUCUUCCAUACCGUCCACAAAUUCUUAGUAGUUUUUGUUAUCGCCAUGGCUCUGGUUUAUUUUAGUUACCUUGGAUAGUUUCACAGCCCUCUACACUUUAGUUUACAUCAUAUCAUAGAUCUGCAUGUACCUCCUUUAGUAUUCAUAUUUGACUUAAUUCCUGAAAUGUAAAACUACUUGUUGUGUUGGUAUGAAUGGUAACAUAAGCUUUAUUUGUUUGCUCAAGGAAUGAUAUUUAUGAUAUACCGCUAUAUGAUAUUGAAUCCGAUACAAAGUUUUCUCUCACAUUUUAUAUUUACAUCUAUAUAUUUAACAUGUAUCUUAUUUUUGACAUUGUGCACAUUUCUACGCAUUAUUUUUUCAAAUUUGAUUAUUUUUAGAAUCUUUUAUUAUGUUUUACUCCAUUAUUUUUAAUAAUAACGUAGCAUAAUCAUAACUGUUACCUCAUAUAUUCCUCCAUUCUCUCACCAGAGGGCGCGAUACGCAAGCUUCACGCCCUCUGGUGAGAGAUUGAUAUUCUUCUUGUCUAGAUAUACUACUUGUAUACAAUACUGAAUGUAUUAAAUGUUGUAAUAUAAA